AUGGGUCGAGGAGGUGCUACAACCGCUGCAGCGGCGGUUGAACCGGUUUUUUUCAAAGAACCGAGAUACAGAGGGGUUAGAAAAAGACCGUGGGGCCGGUUCGCGGCUGAGAUCAGAGAUCCUUUGAAGAAAGCAAGGGUUUGGCUUGGAACUUUUGAUACGGCUGAAGAGGCGGCGCGUGCAUACGACACCGCCGCUAGAAAUCUCCGGGGACCGAAAGCCAAGACAAAUUUUCCUCUCGCACAGCCGUUCUAUCAAAAUCCUGAAACCGGAAAUCCGUUCGGCGAGCUUAGAUUCUACGCCGGCGGUGCCGGAGAUGGUUUUCAGGAUCAUCGGAGACCUACAUCAAGUGGUAUGAGCAGCACGGUUGAAUCCUUCAGCGGUCCACGUCCGGUCAGACCACCGAUUCCGCCGUCUGUCGUCACCGGGAGACGUUACCCAAGGACACCACCGGUUGCUCCUGAAGACUGCCGUAGCGACUGCGAUUCUUCAUCAUCGGUUGUCGACGAUGCCGACAACGACAACGCGGCUUCAUCCACGAUGCUUUCGUUUAAACGCAACCCGCUGCCGUUUGAUCUGAACGCGCCGCCGUUAGAGGAAGCUGACGUGGCGAACGGACUUGGUGAGGAUCUGCACUGCACCCUUCUCUGCCUCUAA